ACUUUUAAUUUUGUGAAUUGUGAACUCUUCAGGGAGCUCGGAAGACUUACUUUCACAGUUUUUUUUUUUUUAACCAUAGGUAUUAAAAGCUUCGUUUGUAACGGUACUCUGCCUCAGUUUUUAUUUUAUUCUAGUUUUUCUUUGUAACUAUUUGUUGUUUAGGAGAUCCGAGCUUUCCACCUUGUAGCCGCCAUGAUUUUAAUGUCCCCAACCGAGAGGUCCUGGGCACCAAACUGCAAUUUUCCCGCCAUUUACCCCGACUUAACUUUGCAAAGAACUCUGGGUAAUAUGAACAAAGCGCGCAUAGUUUGCCGGGAAAUCAUCGUGUCCGCCAUCAUGCCUCCGAAGAAGAAGGCUGCGAAUGAGCCUACGAAAAAAACCGAACAGAAAAAGAAGGAAAAGAUAAUCGAGGAUAAAACUUUCGGAUUGAAAAACAAGAAGGGCAAGAAACAGCAGACAUUCGUUAAACACGUUACUCAACAGGUCAAAUAUGGUGGCAAUCCUAGUGCGAGAAAGCUUGCUCAGGAGCAAGAUAACAAAAAAAAAACAACAGAACAAAAGAAGAAAGAGCAAGAUGAAGUGAACCAGCUGUUUAAACCUGUUAUUGCACAGAAAGUAUCAGCAGGUGCCGAUCCCAAGUCAGUAGUUUGCGCAUUCUAUAAGCAAGGACAGUGUUCCAAGGGAGACAAGUGCAAGUUCUCUCACGACAUUGCUAUGGACAGAAAAGGAGAAAAAAGGAGUCUUUAUGUUGAUGCCAGAGAUGUUGAUGACGAACUUAAAAAUGAUACAAUGGAUAAAUGGGAUCAGAACAAAUUAGAGGAGGUCAUUGAGAAAAAGCAUGGCGAAAAAGAAAAAUCAAUGCCCAAAACAGAAAUUGUCUGUAAAUUCUUUUUGGAAGCUGUUGAAAAGGGACUUUAUGGCUGGUUCUGGAAUUGCCCUAAUGGCCCAAAAUGUAUCUACAGGCAUGCACUUCCACCAGGCUUUGUGUUAAAAAAGAAACAAGAAAAAGAAGUCAAAGAUGAAAUAUCAUUUGAAGAAUUUAUAGAAACAGAGAGAGCAAAGCUUGGUGGAAACUUGACAAAGUUAACAUUAGAAACGUUCUUGGAGUGGAAAAAGAGAAAGUUAAAAGAAAAGAGAGAAAAAUUUGAAAAGGAGCAGGCAAAGAAAAAGGAUGAAUUUAAGUCUGGAAGAAUUGUUGGAAAGGUCAGUGGUCGUGAAGUGUUUAUGUUCAGACCAGAGCUGGUUGAAGCUGAUGCUGAUGAUGAUGAAGCCACAGAAGAUAUGAGUGUGUACAGACGGAAGGAUGAAGAUGAUGAUGAAGACGCGAACAGUUCAACGAAAGAAGUCACGUUAGAAGACAUGUACAGUGCUGCAAAAGAAGUCGAUGGAACUGGCACAGUGGAUACAACAAGCAAUGCCGCAGAGAGGUUAAAACUUAAUCAGGCCACCAGUACAUCUGCUGGUGAAAAUUCCAACCAACAGAGCCCCGACACAACGAAUGCUGAUGAAAAUGGUCUCGACGAAGCUUGCGGCGGAACAGAUUUACCUGAGGAUGACAUGGACGCCGCAUUAGUAAACGGGAUACCUAUCGAAGAAAGUUUAUUCGAAGAAGAUGACAUUGACGAUUUAGAACUUGAAGAUCUGGAAAUUGUCGAUUAACGAAUGCUGAAGAUUCUUUAGACUUCGACAUGACCAAUUGGAACAUUCAACAUAAAAACCUAAUGAUGAGAGCUGUUGCUAUCAUGAUAGUCUAUUGAAUCUUACAUGAAGUCACUGCUAGGCAGUGUUCGUCAUAGGCAAGAGUUUCAAUGAAGUGAAAAUGGCUCAAAUUAAUUAUUUCAAUACCUCUUGAAAUAGUUGUAAUGUAAAACGAAAUUUGUAACAUUACUAUCUCAGAGUUGUUCUGCUUUUAAGAAAAAAGCCCUUGGGUACAGGUGCUGUAUCUUGAAACCCUUUUCUUCAAGAUUCCUCCGUUCAGAAGAGAAGCUCUUGGAAUGAUUUUCGCGGUGGAAAAUAUUGCCCUCAGAGUUAUGACAUGCGAAUGCAGCAUAGCAGGCAGUUGGGCCAACACAGUCAAUAAAUGUUUUAACACAUGGCCCAUUCUUGAAAUGUGGCUGGUAAAUAUCUGUGAACAAGUUGACUGGCGUGUGUUGAAUGGGUAGGUGGUAUGCGCUGGGCCGCACGGCUUUUAUUAGACCAGUUCAAACAAUACAAGUACUUGGGAUCAUUUGAUAUGGAAUAACGUGUAAUGAAAACUUAUUUUUGUAGUCGUCAAUUUAAGGACAAUAACUUGAUUAUCUUCAGACAAUGUCUGUUUUAACCCCAUUACAAAAAUGAAGCGAAAACUGAUUGCAAACAUCAUCUUAUCUGGCUCUUCCGGACGAAUUUCUAACAAUAAAUUAUCGCCAAAUGA